GCAGCCCCCAGCCUGUGAGCAGGAGGAGAAGGCUGCAGUGGAUCCCUGCCUGGGCUCUCCACCCCUCCCAAGAAGAGGAAGAGGCACAGACGGUUCCUUCACCCUUGAUAAAAUGGGAAGCAGCAUCUCCCCAGCAGCCCGGGACGGGGAGCUCCAGUCCUUGCCUGGGGGGCACCCCUGGGGGCUCUGCAGCUGGCAGGACACAGCUGGGUGGCACUGAGGGCUGGGGCUGGGGACAGCAUGUCCUUGCAGAGCCGCAGGACCCAGCUGCUGCUGGUCAACUCGCUGACCUUCGGGCUGGAGGUGUGCCUGGCCGCCGGCAUCACCUACGUGCCACCACUGCUGCUGGAGGUGGGCGUGGAGGAGAAGUUCAUGACCAUGGUUUUGGGGAUAGGCCCCGUGCUUGGGCUGCUUUUUGUGCCUCUCAUCGGCUCGGCCAGCGACCACUGGCACAGCAGCUACGGCCGCAGGAGACCUUUCAUCUGGGCGCUGUGCCUGGGGGUGCUGCUCAGCCUGUUCGUCAUCCCCCACGCCAGCAGCCUGGCCAGCCUGUGCUCCCUCAACCCCCGGCCCCUGGAGAUCGCCUUCCUCAUCCUGGGCAUCGGGCUGCUGGAUUUCUGUGGCCAGGUGUGCUUCACCCCGCUGGAGGCUCUGCUCUCUGACCUCUUCCAGGAGCCGGACAACUGCCGCCAGGCCUUCUCCAUGUACGCCUUCAUGGUCAGCCUGGGCGGCUGCAUCGGGUACCUGCUGCCCGCCAUCGACUGGGCCUUCCUGGCACCCUACCUGGGCAGCCAGCAGAGCUGCCUCUUCAGCCUGCUGGCCCUCAUCUUCCUCGGCUGCGUGCUGGCCACGCUGUUUGUGACAGAGGAGGCGGCCCAGGGGGAUCUCCUGGACGGGCCGGCGCUCAAGGACGCGUCACCGAAGCCACCGAAGGCGUCCCUGUCCUGCUGCUGCUGGCGGGGGCCGUGCCUGCUGCCGGGCAGGCGGGCACUGCAGGCGGGGAGGAAGCUGUGCCUGCUGCUGCCGCGGCUGCACGGCCUCUACUGCCGCAUCCCCAGGGUCAUCCGCCGCCUCUUCGUGGCCGAGCUCUGCAGCUGGAUGGCUCUCAUGACCUUCAUGCUGUUCUACACGGAUUUUGUCGGGGAGGGGCUGUACCACGGCGUGCCCAGGGCCAAGCCGGGCACGGAGGCCAGGCGGCACUACGAUGAAGGUGUCCGGAUGGGCAGCCUGGGGCUCUUCCUGCAGUGCAUCACCUCCACCUUCUUCUCGACAAUCAUGGACAGGCUGGUGAAGCACUUUGGCACCCGGGCAGUGUACCUGGCCAGCGUGGUGUUCUUCCCUGGGGCAGCCUGUGUCAUGUGCCUGUCCCACAGUGUCACCGUGGUCACCAUCUCCGCUGCCCUGACUGGGUUCACCUUCUCUGCCCUGCAGAUCCUGCCCUACACGCUGGCAUCCCUCUACCACCAUGACAAACAGGUUUUUCUCCAUAAAUACAAGAGGAAAGAGGAGGAAGACGCCGCUCUGCUGGACAAGAAAUCCUCCUUCUCCAAGGGGCUGCUCUCCAGCCAGAAGCUCUCUUACCAGAAUGGCCACGCUGGGAGCCUCUUCUCCUCCUCCUCCUCUUCCUCCCCCUCCUCAUCCUCAUCCCCGUGCUCCCCUCAGGCCGUGCCCAGCUCUGCUCUGUGCGUCAGCUCCUCCUGCGACGUCUCCUUGCGGCUCAUGGUGGGCGAGCCCGAGCUGGGGGCUCCUGGCCGAGGGAUCUGCCUGGACCUGGCCAUCCUGGACAGUGCCUUCCUCCUGUCCCAGGUGGUGCCCUCGCUCCUCAUGGGCUCCAUCGUGCAGUUCACCCAGUCUGUCACCGCCUACAUGGUGUCAGCUGCUGGCCUCGGCCUGCUCGCCAUCUACUUUGCUACCAAAGUGGUCUUUGACAAGGGUGACAUGGCCAAGCACUCCGUGUGACAGCAGGGCAGCCACCUGGGUGGCACAGCCAGCUCUGUUGUGACUGUCCCAGGGCAGUGUGUGUGCCCACAGGGCCACCCGUGGUGCUGGCUGUCCCCAGCUGGUGCUGCCACCCCGGGGGUGGCUCUGGGCUCAUCUCAGGUGUAAACAAGAGGCUUUGGGGCGUUGUCCUCAGGGCCUGAAGUGCUUCCCAAAGGUGCCUUUAGCAGAGGGAGGCACGGCACAGCAGCACCCAAGGGGUCCUGCAGGGGGGGAAAGGGAAUGGGGGUUUCCCUCUGGGAAUAACGGGUCGUGGUCCUGAGCAGGAGCAGCACAGGGAGGGGAUCAACCACUGGCUUUCUCCUUCUCCUUCUCCUUUCUUCCUUCUCCUUUCUUCCUCCUCCUUUCUUCCUCCUCCUUUCUUCCUUCUCCUUUCUUCCUCCUCCUUUCUUCCUCCUGCCUUUCUUCCUCCUGCCUUUCUUCCUCCUGCCUUUCUUCCUCCUGCCUUUCUUCCUCCUGCCUUUCUUCCUUCUCCUUUCUUCCUCCUCCUUUCUUCCUCCUCCUUUCUUCCUCCUGCCUUUCUUCCUCCUGCCUUUCUUCCUCCUCCUUUCUUCCUUCUCCUUUCCUUCUUCUCCUUUCCUUCUCCUUUCCUUCUCCUUUCCUUCUCCUUUCCUUCUCCUUUCCUCCUCUUCCUCCUCCUCCUCCUCCCUCUCCUCUCUCCCCCUCUUUGUUGUAGUUUUACCCCAUUUUUUGAGCCAUGGGGCACUGGAGGAGGUUUCCUGGUGGUAUGAAGCUCUGGGGAGGCCGAGGUUUGGCUGAGGGGUGCCCAGGUGCACCCCCACAUUCCUGGCCUUCCCCACCUCCAUCCAAAACCAUCCAGGAGAAAAGUUCCUGUGCCUGGUUUUGGGAAAAACAAGGAACAUCCCAUUAGGACCAGUUCCAAAAGGUGACUUAACCUUUACCUAUGUCCUGGCUUGCAUCAGACAGAGAGAACUUUUUGAUUUUUAUUUUUUUUUUUUUAAGGAUUGUUUUUACCUUUCUUCACACAGUUCUCGGUCUGUCUCACCUCAGUGCCUGCAUUUGCUCUCUCCCCUCGUGGAUCCAGGCUGUGACCCCUAAAGGGUGCUGUCCCCCAGGGGGAUCAGUGCCCAGAGGGGCUCUCAGCCCUGUGCCAGCCCGUGGGGCAGGGCAGGAGGAGCUCUCCUGGGGGAGCUGCUGGUGAGUCCAGCUCACACCUGGAGCUGCUCUCUGCCCUGGCUGCUCGGGCUUCCCAAAAUGUCUUUUAUUUCCAGUCAGGAAUGCAUUUCUCACAGAGGCAGAGCAAAGCUCUGUCAGAGUGAGGCAAAGCUCCUCUUGCUGCCCUGGCCCGGGGCCCAAAGGCCCCUCCAGGGGUGCCCAGGCUGCUCUGGCUCCCAUCCCUCCAGGGGUGCCCAGCUUGGGUUUCUGACCCAUCCCUCCAGGGGUGCCAAGGCUGCUCUGGCUCCCUUCUCUCCAAAGAUGCCCACCUUGUUCUCCUGUCCCAUCUCCCUAGGAAUGCCCAGGUUCUUUUCCUGACCCCUCUCUCCAAGGAUGCCCAGGUCCUUUUCCUGUCCCAUCCCGCCAGGGAUGUCCAGG